CAUCUCUACUUUCUUUUUCUUUUCUUUUGUUCCCCCUCUUUUUAAUAGCAGGGUUAUAAUUUUAGUUGGUUGAAAUGUAGGUGAAGAAAUGUGGAGAAAAUGUGAGCUCUCGGUACCCAAUAACACUAUAUUUAAACCAAGAGAGGCCUAUGUGACAGUCCUUCAUUCUUCAAAUUCCUUUGUUUGUGGUGCAAUAGCUUUGGCCCAAAGCAUAAUUCAAACCAACACUACCAAAGAUCUAGUCUUGCUCGCUGAUGACUCUAUAUCUAAGUCGUCCUUACAAGGUCUAAGAGCGGCAGGAUGGAAGAUCAAGCACACUAAACGCAUCCGGAGCCCAGAUUCAAAAAGAAAGAUCUAUAGCGAGUGGAACUACAGCAAGCUUCGCGUAUGGGAACUCACAGAGUAUGAUAAAAUCAUAUGUAUAGAUGCUGACUUCAUAGUUCUCGAAAACAUCGACGAGUUCUUUGUUUACCCACAAUUUUCAGCAGUUGGAGAGGAUGAUUUUGUAUUCAAUUCUGGGAUCAUGCUGGUUGAGCCAUCCAAGUGUACAUUUGAAACCCUAAUGGAAAAAAUGUCCCAAGUGGCUUCAUAUGAUGCAACUGAUCAGGGUUUUCUUAAUGAGAUGUUUACAUGGUGGCAUCGAUGGCCUUCAAGGCUAAAUAGCCUUACAUUGUUUGAUGGGGCAGACAACAAAAACCAUGAGAUGCCUAGAAAUGCCUAUGCCAUGCAUUACUUGGGCAUUAAGCCAUGGAUGUGCCAAACAGAACACGACUGUAAUUGGGACAUACCAGGGCUUCAUCGGUUUGCUAGCACCUCAGCUCACCGGAGGUGGUUGCAAGUCUACAAUGCCCUUCCAAAGAGGCUACAAUCGUAUUGCGAGCUCACCCUACAAGAUGAUCCAACCCUAGCAAGGAUAAGAACGUGGAGAGAGAGCUACAAGGAAGGUAGUUCACCUUACGGGCGUUGGAAAAUCUUCUUGCUCAUUCUUUUGUUUCUUUUUUUCUCUCUUUUGGUUCUUUGGAGGCAGAAGAUUAAAUCUACUAUUGUUCAUGUAUCAUCUCUUGCCUGCCCCUACUCUGAAGAAAAAAGAAACUAAAAAGAAUGGAAAAAGGAAAAAGAAUGUCAGAUAUAUGUAACUCCAUUAGUACUCACUCAAAAGCUACAAGGAAGGCUGGACUCUUCACUUUGUGCAAUCACAUGACAAGAGGCUGAAAAAUUGGCUAAACGAAGAUCAUUCUCGAUAAGGGAAAUAGUUUGUUGUGCGAGCCUCCCACUAAGGGCUGCUAUGCCAAAAGUGAGAAAUCCCAUCCCUCUCUUUACUUUUUUUGCCCCUAUGUUGCCACAACUUGUUCCAACCUAAGAUAAUAAGCUCAUGAGUUUUGUCUUAUUUUAUGUAAACUAGUUCAUCAAUUUUCUGAGUUUAGCUCGAAUUCAGUUCAAUAAGUUUAUAUAUACACUAUAAAAAUCAAACUAUUCAAGCUUGAUUUGAUUAAAAUGCAUUUGGGAUGGGUUUGAAAA